AACACAUGUAACACGUGCUCUUUCGUAGAAUGCAUCUAACCACUAUCCUUUAUUAAGUGCAAUAUUUUAUUUGUUUUUUAUUUUUACAAGAUGGGUAAAAAUAAACGUAAGAGGAAUAAAUCAUAUACAGAAAAUACUGCAAAACUUGUAUCGAAAAAUUAUUUCGAUAAAUCAGUAAAUUGUACAAAAAACAACGAAGAGGAAGGAAUGGUGUACGAUGAAAUGGGUAAAAAUAAGCGCAAGAGGAUUAAAUCGUAUACAGAAAAUCCUACAGGACUUGUAUCAGAUAAUCAUUUCGAUGAAUCAGAAGAUUGUAUAAAAGACAGCAAAAAGGAAGAUUUGCUAAUGGUGUACAAUGAAAUGGUUAAAAAUAAACUCAAGAGGAAUAAACCGCAUACAGAAAAUCCUACAGGACUUGUAUCAAAUAAUCAUUUCGAUGAAUCAGAAGAUUGUAUAAACGAAAACAAGGAGGAAAAGUUGCGACUGGUGUACGAUGAAAUACAAUCUUUGGCCAUAGAGGAGAAAUUAUCUGGCUUACGAACUUUAGAAUCUAUGUCUUUUGAUGAAGGUAUGGCUGAACGAAUAGCAUCAGAUGGUAUUGCUAAAAUGAUUGGUCCUUUACUUGUUGAUCAUAACAUAAUAGUAAGAGCUGCUGUUGUAAGUGCUUUGAGACACAUAGCUGAGAAUGGUAAAGAAGGUACUAUUACAAAAUUUAUUAACGAUGACAUCAUGACCCCUUUAUCUACUUUAUUUGUAAAAGAUUACAGAAAAUGGCAACCAAAGUUGGAUCCUAUAGUUGCAGAAAAUAUAUGCGACGAAAAAGAAACAUUUAUUGAUGCCGUUACAUUGCUUUUAAUCUUAUGCGAAAACAAUGAAAUGGCUGUUAAGCAUUCAAAUAAACUGUGUCUUUUAUCAAUAUUAUUACAAUAUUUGAAUGUUACCGCAUGUGGAAUAGAGAUAAGCACUGUAAUUGCACAGUGUAUACUUACUCUAUCAGAAGACAAUUCUAUUGCGAUUGAAAUACUUAAAGAGUAUAAACAAGACUUAUUAAAUAUAUUAAAUUUACAAGUUAGCGAUAAUUUGCCAUUCUAUGAUCUAAUAUUACUGAAAACGUUAAUAAUUGGCAUACUGCUGAAUAUGCAUUGUUUUACUAAAAACAACGAAAUUGAUAUAUUUAAUGAAGUUAUGAAAAUUUUAUUAGAAACACUAGCUAUAGAUAAUAAUAGUUUAUCGCAUGACUUAUGUACAAUAUUAUCGACGGAAAACGGAAUUUUAUCCAAAGAAACUCUAAAAAAAAUACAAGAAUUCAAAAAGUUACUUGUAGCUCAGCAACAAACAUUAGAAAUUUUGACUAAUUUAUGUACAGACGAAGAAGAAAAUGAACUGCUUUCUGACUUAGAUGAUUCGGAUGAAAUGAAUGAAGAAGAACCUAUGGAUAAGGAUGAGCCAAACGAAACUGAUUUGUCUGGUAUUAUUUCAUCAUUACCGGUAGAAAUAAUAGAAAUUAUUACCAAUUUUAAUAUUAUAAAAAAAGUUUGGAUCAAAACUGUAAAUAUAGAUAAUGAAAUUCGUGAAUGUUUUUCAAAAAGCAUCGAAGGAAAAGCACUUUUAAAACAGAUUUGUGUAUUGAGAUGUAGAGCAUAUUCAUGCGCACAUAAUUUAUUGUUUAUUACAGAUAUUAAUUCGGCAAAUGAUAUGAAGGACUUAUACGAUAUAUGGUGUCAAACUGGAAAAUUUGUUUUCGAAGAUAAAAGUGAAUAUGAUUUUGAAUUAUUAGAUUCAGCAACUGCUGUUCUAAGAGCUUGUCUUCAAAAACUGGCUAAAGCACAAGAAAAUUAUUUUUCUAACUUAACAGUAAAAGAUAUUAACCCAAUGUUGUAUUGCGAUAGGCUAUUUUUAAAUAAAAAUGUUGGUGCUAAUGUAAUAAGAAUUUUUAAGCACUUAGCUUUGCUUAUAGCUCAAACUGACACUCAACAUAAAUAUGAGUUAAUGAAGUACAUGAGUGUAUUUAUAUUAUUAACAUGUCGAGAUGAAUCUUGCGCGUGGAUCAAAGCAGAAUGUUUGGAUGCGGUAAUGGAUAUAUUCUCUGAUGAUGAAACGGAUCAAUUAGCAGUAGAACUUUCAUUAACUAGUACAUUGCCGUCACUGGUACAAGAUUUUAAAGAAAGGGUUCGUCAACAGAAACAUCUUUUAAAAGAUAAAAGUGGCAUAAUAUCUACGGUAAAUGAAAAUAUUAAGAGAUUUAUAAAAUACAAAAUAAAACGUUGGAAACUUCUUCAAUGAACAGAAGAAAAUAAAAUACUAUAUACGUAUAUGUAUAUAAAACCGAAAAAGGAGAAUGUCAAAAUUCACAUGGUUGCUUUGUUAACAAAUACCAAAUAUGUCGGUGAAAGACCGAAUAUUUGAGUUUAUUCUUAUACAUUAAUAUUUCGGAUAUAUACCAAGCGAUCAUGCGAAUCUUGACAUUUUCUAAUUUCCACUUUUAUGGUAAUAUAUAUAUAAUAAAAAAACAAACAUUUUGUUUUUUGAUAUUCCUUGAAUAAAAACAUUACAUUUUUUAAUUCGUAUAUAUUAUAUUUAUAUAAUUAACAUUAUAAGUAAAUUUUGUUUUCUUUACAAUUAGUAUAGGUCAAUGAUAUUCGAUAAAAACAAAUUAAUGAAGAUGAUAGAAAAAAAAAUUUUAAAUAUAUGAGAUGUGAUGAAAGAGCAAAUAUCGAAUAGUAUCAUGUUAUUUAUUUAAAUUUUAUAUUUUGUAAAUAAAUAAUGGAAAUAUCAACAAAAAGUAUAGGUAAAAUGUCGUGGUGCAACCAAUAGUACUAUAAUUACAUAAUAAUCGUAUGAUCACAAUAUUAUAGAUCAAAAGAAAUUGAAACGCUGGCUUCUAAAUAGAUAAUACAUAAAUAUAUAAUUAUAAGUAUUCUAAUUAUAUA